AGCUGCCAGCUAGUAAGAAAUCGUUGAAAUGUUUAUAGGAACACGCGACCACAGUGAUGCAGUCAGAACAGAAUGGCGCAAGCUGAAAGAUCUUCGAGUAACCUCUGCCCGACAGUAGGGGCGAAAUGGUUGCGUCUACUUUGUUUUAGGGUUUUAUUUUAUACACUCUUUCACAUUGCCCAGGCAAACAAACAAGCUUUUAUUCAGACAGAUACAAUCCUAGAAGUGUUUCAUUUUGGGGAUGAAAGUCUUUUGCAGAAAGAGCCUGAAAUAGAUAUUACAUAUCAUCAUAAAAGCUCGUCCUUACAGCGGGGAAACAGCAGGCCGAUCCGUUUUGAACCAUCCAUGCUGGAUUUCCAUGAACAGCCUGUUGGAAUGCCAAAAAUGGAGAAAGUAUACCUACACAACUCCAGUCCAGAGGAGAUAAGCUUGAUAUCUAUAUCGGCAACAACUGCACAUUUUCAUGCAUCUUUCUUUGAAAACAGGAUAAUCCUGCCGGGGGGAAAUACAUCAUUUGAUGUGGUCUUUCUGGCACGAGUAGUGGGGAACGUAGAGAAUACUUUAUUUAUAAAUACCUCACAUCACGGAGUGUUUACAUAUCAGGUAUUUGGUGUGGGGAUCCCAAACCCUUACAGGCUGAGGCCUUUUAUUGGAGCCAGAGUGCCUGUGAACAGCAGUUUCUCUCCCCUCAUUAAUAUACACAACCCACACAGUGAGCCAUUGCAGGUGGUAGAGAUGUACACUAGUGGAGGGGACCUGCAUCUUGAGCUACCCACAGGGCAGCAAGGAGGGACUCACAAUCUGUGGGAGAUCCCUCCGUUUGAGACUAAGGGGGUUAUGAGGGCCAGUUUCUCCUCACGAGACGCUGACAAUCACACAGCGUUCAUCAGGAUCAAGACCAACGCCUCGGACCCAGACCAGUUCAUCAUCCUGCCUGUGGAGGUGGAGGUGACCUCAGCACCAGGAAUCUACUCCUCCAUAGAGAUGCUUGACUUUGGGACGCUACGGUCACAAGAUAAACCAAAACAACUAAAUUUGCAUCUUCUAAAUUCGGGGGCGAAAGAUGUACAGAUUACAAGCGUUCGAGCAACACCCUCAAAUGAUGCCAUCACCAUAGACUUCAAGGGGAUCACACUGAAAGCUGGGGAGAAUAGAUACACCAAAGUUGCAAGUAUACAUUUUGAUGCGUCAAAAGUCCAGAAGCAAACCCAGUCUUCUGGGAAAAUAACUGUGAAAGCGAAAGAGAAAAGCUACUCUAAACUUGAAAUCCCAUACCAAGCUGAAGUUCUAGAUGGGUAUUUGGGGUUUGACCACACGGUCACCUUGUUCCACAUCAGGGACAGUGUGACAGAGCCAGUGGUGAAGCUCAUCCACCUCACCAACACCUUCCACUUUGCCAUACACAUCCAUCAUGUGGCACUACCAGAGGAAGCCAACACCAUGUUUAAGGUGCAGAACUUCAGCGAGCCAGUCCUGAUUCCCCCGCAGGAGUCCCGCUACAUCUUCUCCCUCCACUUCCGGCCAGUCCGCCCCUCCACACACAUCGACAGCAACAUCCUCCUGGUCACGAAUGCCUCCAGGUUCCACCUUCCCAUCCGUGCAUAUACUGGCUUCCUAGAGGCUUUGGUUCUGUUUCCCAGUCUGCAUGAGCACCUCCUGGACUUUGGAGUCCUCAGCGCUACAGACACCAGCAGCAUUCUCUUUGCCGUUGUCAACAGCAACCCCAUAGAGCUGGUUCUGCAGCCAUGGCUGGUGACAGGGGAGAACCUGAACGUGGAGCUGCUGAAGAUUGAAAAGGGAAACCGGACCACGGUGCAGGCCAAGAGCCCAGAGCUCCAGAACGCCACUGCCACCUCACACAAAACAGUCAUCCUAGCCUCAGGCUAUUGCUCUGUGUUCAGGGUCACAUUGGUGGCUAAGGACUUGGAAGGGCCGUAUGACGGAGCCAUACACAUCACAACAGACUACGAGAUAUUAACAAUACCAGUAAAAGCGGUUAUAGCCGUGGGAACGCUCACCAGCUACCCCAAACACAUCGUCCUGCCGCCCUCCUUUCCGGGGAAAGUGGUCCACCAUAGUUUCAGCAUCGUCAGCUCCUUCUCUCAGAGGGUGCGGCUGCUGCAGAUCAACGCCCUCACGGACGACAAGCGCUUCUACUACAGGCGGCUGAAGACCAGCCGAGACGAGCUGGAGCCCAAACGCAAGUCCAAGGUCGCAAAGAUUUACUUUGACUCCAGUUUGCAGUGUGGCGAUCACUGUUAUGUGGGAGUACAGUUUGUUCUCAAAUCUGAGGCCCGGCCGUCUGGGUUAGGCAUGCAGGAGGACAUGUGGGACUCGGACGUGGAUUUGUAUCAAAUGCUGCGUAAGAAGUGGAAGGAACUGCAGCAGGUUUCCGGAAACAUUGCGGAAGCGGUGUUUGAGGCCAACGCCGACCUUCAGAAGAUCGUGCAGACCAAGAUCUCAGCGGAGCUGACGUGGCCUUCAAUCAUCAACUCCUCCCGCCAGCUCCUCUUCCCUCUGACCAGCAUCAACAGCUCCUCAGAAAUGGAGGUGAUCCUGGGGAACCCAGCUGAUGUCCCGGUCUACAUCCAGAUCCUCCCCCUAGCCCUGUACCCCAACCUCUGCUCCGUCACCAGCAAACUGGCUCAAAUGUUUCCCCUGGAGAGACUCCCUCACUUCAACCCCAACACGCUGGAAUUCCACAUCGACGGGAAUAAUAAAUCGCUCCUGAAGAGCAGCGAAGGCUUCAGCGAGGGCUCGACCCAGCCCUACGUUUACAACCUGCCCCUGCUGCCGGAGGGGGUCAAGUCCCUCCGUGUGAAAUUCUCCCCCGUCAGCAACCACACGGUCACCUCUCUGCUCAUGAUCAGAAACAACUUGACUGUGGUGGAGUUUCUUGUGGUCCAGGGUCAGGGCAGUUACGAGAGGCUGAAGUUGGGGGGAAAGUCCCCAGGACCCGGGGCUUUUCUCAGGUUCAAGAUGUCCGAAUCUCACCUGAAGGAAUGCUCUGACAAAAUGAAGUCCAAGGAGCCAAACUUCACGCUCAGAAGAUCCUUCAAGAUUGAGAACACGGGUCAGCUGCUCAUCAACAUACGGUCCAUCGAAAUAAACGGACGUGCCUGUGAAGGAUUUGGAUUUAAAGUUCUCAGUUGCCAAGAGUUUGCACUAAAACCCAACGCUUCAAAAGACAUAGUCAUACUGUUCACUCCAGACUUCACAGCCUCCAGGGUGAUCAGGGAGCUGAAGCUGGUGACGGCUGGGGGCUCCCGCUUUGUGUUUGCCCUGAACGCCUCGCUGCCCUAUCACAUGCUGGCGUCGUGCGCCGCCACCCUGCCCAGACCCAACUGGGAGCUGGAGCUGUACAUCAUCAUCUCUGUCAUCAUGAGCUCCAUGUUCCUCCUGGUGGUGGUGACUGCCUACCUGGAGGCUCUGGGGAUCUGGGAGAUGUUCAAGAGGCGCAUGUGUUUCGAAACGUCUAGCAACUCUAUGGAGACAGGGAAGCCCUUUGACCUCAGGGAAAUAGUACGCCUGCAAAGUGACUCUCAUUUGAACGAUUACGCAGAGUCCACCCAGCACCCGCUGCGAGGGACGACCAACCCCGUCUCCAGAGCUGGCAGCCGACACGCCAGAGGGGGCCACAGCAGGGCGUCAAACCAACCCUCCGUGCCCUCCUCCCAGCCUGGCCCCAAGGCCUCCGAAAGCACCCCCUCCCCCAGCCAGCUGGCCAGCCGCAAGGCCCGAUCCACCAGACAACCGCAGCCGGUCCCUGGGCCUCCGGAGAUCCAGACUCCCUCCCCUGCCACGCCCCCGGCCCCGCUGCCGGGCCCCCUAGAGGCGGCCCAGCGGCUCCCCUCAGAGGAGCAGGACUACAUGAGCCUGGUGGAGGCCAUGGAUAAGGACCUGGACAGGCCUGAGGCCUCAGCUGAAGAGCUGGCCCAGGACCAGACCUCGGUUCAGGCCAAAGCCAACGGAAUCAAAGGGAAACUACAGCGCAAGCCCAAAUCUCUGAAGAGGAAGGAGGAGAGGGAGCUGAGGACUAAGGGAAGGACUCAAGGAGAGGAGCUGCCAAGGGAGGAUAAUGACGACACGUCCUCCACCACCACAGAGACCUCCAACCCCGACACAGAGAGCGGCCUCAGAGAGGAAAUGAUUAAUAAGAAGAGCAGAUCACCAGUGCUGGAGAAAGCGAAAGAGGAAACAGCAGAACACUCCAAAUCCAAGAACAAGAAGCCAGUCCAUACAAAGGACAAGACCCUAAAUGAUGCAAAGUCAAGCUCACUGGAACUUCCGUAUGUCACCCCACUGGAAAACAAACGCAAGAUCUUCAAUAGCAAGACGGUGUUAACCCAGGCACUGGCCAACAGUUCACCUACAGCAGCUGUCAGAGCCACGCCCCCAAAGCCAAGAGCCCCAGUGCCUUAUGGGAAGUUGGAGGACCGGCGUCCCUCCCCCCUCGCCAAGUUCCUGUCUAACGAGAGCGGCAGCAGCAGCGGCUCCGAGGGAGAGAAGGACGUCUCCCCCCCCCCAGAGUGGGACUGUGUCCCCCUCUUCAAAACCCACAGUGCUGUCGACAGCAUGCAGCAGAUCUCCAUGCAAACCAUGAACGCCGACCUUUUCCUGAAGAGACCCAUCGGCACCCCUCUCCAGCCCUGCGUGUCCACCUGUGACUCCUUCACGACUCUGGGCUUCUCAGUCAGUGAUUCGGGUUUGAGAGAUGCGCCAGGCACCAAAUGCAAGCUGACCAAGUCAGUGUCUCUGCCUGGUCAGAAUGGAAACCCCACCUUUGCUGCCGUGGCUGCAGGAUAUGACAAAAGCCCAGGUGGCAGCAGUGCUGGAAAAGCAGCGGUGAGCCGACCAGACUUCCAGGGGAAGAACGACCUCCCACUUAUGACAUCAGUGGAGAGUGACAGCUCUGACAGCUCUGGACUGUGGAGUCCAGUUGGCAACGGGAGAAGCCCUAGUUUGACUUCCAUCAACUCUUUCUCUGCGUUCGGAUCAAGCAAUACUUUCAACCUGUCUGGAGUGUUCAGUGGGAUGACCUCUGGGAGGAGCGUGGAGCCCCAGCAGAGCUGGCCCGACUUCAGCCGGGCCCCCGCCCCCUCGUCCUCCUCCACCGGCUCGGUGUGGCCCAGCGAGGCCCUGCAGCCCUGGCCCUGCUCCUCCAGCUCGCCCUCCACCCCCACCACGUCCAUCCUCGGCGGCGGCAGCAGCCUGUGGUCGUCCAGCCCUCCCUUCAGCCCCUCCAUCUGGUCCACCAGCGCUGACUCCGCCCCUCUGCACUCCUUCACCCCGCCCCCCACCUCCCCUCUCUCCGACCUGAUUGGCAGCUCUGAGAACGACGGCCAGUCUCCCGGCCACACAGCCCUUGCCCAGAAUGACCUGAGCCCCACCUACAACCCCUGGAGCAUGUGGAGGCCCACCUUCAGCCGACGCAGCUCAGAGCCCUGGCCCAAUGCCUCGGACGGCAACCCCUAAUGAGCACACCUCCCUUCUCCUGAGAUUGUUGUGAAAACGUUCACGGUUGGGCCCCUCCCGGGGUCAGUCUGGUUUGAUGCCGCUGACUUGCUGAAAGCAUGCUGUUCUGCAUACCUGUCGUCUGUCCAACCAUCUAAUGUCGCUGGCAAAUGAAGUUGUGUUGAGUGUGAAUAUUCAAACAAGGAUACGAUGUUGGUCGAAGUGUUUCCUAAGCACUGAACAAAGAUCAAUAUGUUUUAGGCACCUCGUUUCAAAUUGGGGACAUAUUCCUUGUUUACUCGUGCCCGUUUUCAGACGCUACCUCUUUUUUUUUUUACGAUUCCCCACAUCUCCAAAGUAAGCCACCUCCUUCUAAAAGUCGUUUCAUGAGGAAAUGGGCUGCCUUUUUGUUUUUGAUGGCAGCAAAAUUAGAAAAAUCAGAGAAAUAAAAUAAAAUAUGAAAUAAAAUAUGACCCUUGUUUGAAUUUUCAUCAUCUUGUACGGCAUUAUUUUGGCAAUUUAUGGUACUGUGCUGCAUUUUGAGCAAUUAUUUAAGCCUUGUCAUUGCUCUGAUCAAAGAUCUUUGUUAUUAAAGGGGUACAGUCAUUUGAACAUGGUUUAUGCUUGAAUACAGUAAUGGCUGAAAAUCAUUCACUCAAAUUACCUCAAAUGUAAGCUUUUUUCCCCAAACCAUAUAGCCUUGCAUUGUUUGUUUUGAAGUCCCCCCCCCCCCCAAAAAAAAAAAAAAAGAAAAAGAUUUCUAACUUAUUUUAAAGACCACACCUGAUUUUACGUUUUUAAAGGAACUGUUCAUACUGGCUGAGUUCAGUUGCCUGAGCUUUCUUUGACAUGUUUGCAACAUUUGAGGGUUUUGUGUCUAAUCUGGUACGUUUCAGUUCUGCCUGUCACACAUGGAACAUCUGAAAUGAGUCGCAAGUCUGAGUAAAACAAAUGAGACCGGU